UUCUUGGUCUAUGCAAUAAUUUUGCUUAUGUUGUUAUGCUGAGUGCCGCAUAUGAUCUUUUGCAUGUCGACUAUCAUAAAUCUGAGGAACAGGUUGUAACUCGUAAUGAAAGUAAUGUAACAAGAUGUAAUCCAAUCUCUACUGGGGCAAUAUUGUUGGCAGAUAUUCUUCCUUCACUUUUUAUAAAAUUAAUUGCACCUUUUAUUGUUAUCAAGACACAUGUCCGUGUUUCAAUAGCUAUUAUUCUUAGCAGUCUAAGCUUUAUAAUUACUUCUGCAUCUGUGGGAAAUUGGAUGACAUUUUUGGGUGUUAUAUGUGCUGCUUUAUCUAGCGGUUUAGGGGAAGUGACGUUUCUGUCUUAUUCUUCCUUUUUUGAAAAGGAUGUUGUAUCUACAUGGUCUUCUGGGACAGGUGGCGCUGGUGUUUUUGGUGCUCUGUCAUAUGCCAGUUUGCAUUUUGUCCUGGAUACAAAAUACAUCCUCUUAGUUAUGCUUACUAUACCUGUGUUAACAGCGCUAGUUUUUUGGAUUUUAAUUAUUCAUCCAGUACCUGUUAAGUGUCAGUGCAGUUCCGAAAUGGAGCCUAUGCUUGGAGAUUCUAUUGAAAUGACGAAAAGAAACUAUAAUGAGCCUUCUGAGUUAUACGGCUUUCGAAAGAAACUUUCACUUGUGAAGGUAACAUUUUUACUCUAAUUAAUGUUUAAACUA